CCAAAUCCAAGAUGGCGGGGUCCAGACGGAGCGGUUCCCAGGCUGGAGCGCGGCCGUUCCUUUGCGCCCUGCUGCUGUCUUUCAGCCGAUUCGUCGGGAGCGAUGGCACGGGAGGCGACGCUGCGGCCCCCGGCGCCGCGGGCACCCAAGCCGACUUGCCGCACCGCCGUUUCGAGUACAAAUACAGCUUUAAAGGGCCGCAUCUGGUGCAGAGCGAUGGGACUGUGCCCUUCUGGGCCCACGCGGGGAAUGCUAUUCCAAGUUCAGAUCAGAUUCGAAUAGCACCAUCAUUAAAAAGCCAGCGAGGUUCGGUGUGGACAAAAACGAAAGCAGCCUUCGAGAACUGGGAGGUGGAAGUGACAUUUCGAGUGACCGGAAGAGGUCGAAUUGGAGCUGAUGGCCUAGCAAUUUGGUAUACAGAAAAUCAAGGUUUGGACGGCCCUGUGUUUGGAUCAGCUGAUACGUGGAAUGGUGUUGGAGUGUUUUUUGAUUCUUUUGACAAUGAUGGAAAGAAAAAUAAUCCUGCUAUAGUAGUUAUAGGCAACAAUGGACAAAUUAAUUAUGACCAUCAAAAUGAUGGUGCCUCUCAAGCUUUAGCAAGUUGUCAGAGGGACUUUCGUAAUAAACCCUAUCCUGUCCGGGCAAAAAUUACCUACUACCAGAAAACGCUGACGGUCAUGAUCAAUAAUGGCUUUACACCAGAUAAAAAUGAUUAUGAAUUUUGUGCCAAAGUGGAAAAUAUGAUUAUCCCCCCACAAGGGCAUUUUGGGAUAUCUGCGGCAACAGGAGGUCUUGCAGAUGACCAUGAUGUUCUUUCUUUCUUGACUUUCCAACUAACUGAGCCUGGAAAAGAGCCACCUACGCCAGAGAAAGACAUCUCAGAAAAAGAAAAGGAAAAGUACCAAGAGGAGUUUGAGCACUUCCAGCAAGAACUGGACAAGAAGAAGGAGGAAUUCCAGAAGGACCACCCUGACCUCCAGGGGCAGCCAGCAGAUGACAUAUUCGAGAGCAUAGGAGAUCGCGAGCUCAGACAGGUCUUUGAGGGACAGAAUCGUAUCCAUCUGGAAAUCAAACAACUUAACAGACAGCUGGAUAUGAUCCUUGAUGAACAGAGGAGAUACGUCUCUUCCCUGACAGAGGAGAUCUCCAGGAGAGGAACAGGAACCCCAGGGCAGCCGGGACAGGUCUCUCAGCAGGAACUGGAUACCGUUGUGAAGACCCAGCAGGAGAUUUUGAGACAAGUGAAUGAGAUGAAGAACUCCAUGAGUGAAACGGUGCGGCUGGUCAGUGGCAUACAGCACCCUGGUUCAGCAGGCGUCUAUGAAACCACUCAGCACUUCAUGGACAUCAAAGAGCACCUGCAUGUCGUGAAGAGAGACAUCGACAGCCUGGCACAGCGCAGCAUGCCGUCUAAUGACAAACCCAAGUGCCCAGAACUGCCACCAUUUCCGUCAUGUUUAUCCACAGUCCACUUUGUGAUAUUUGUAGUCGUGCAGACAGUGUUGUUCAUUGGCUAUAUCAUGUACAGGACUCAGCAAGAAGCAGCUGCCAAAAAAUUCUUUUGACCUUCAUUUUCCUGUAUGUACAUCAUCUGAGCUAGGACUUCUGCUGGCUUCAAGACAAUUUACCUCUUAUUAAAGUAAUGAUCUCGUUUGCUAUGGGAUCCAGAACAACACUGUUUAAGAUAUGCAACUAAAUUGUUCUAAGUCUUCAUAAGUUUUCCCUCAAAUGCUAUUUGCAGAUUGGGCUAACAGCCUAAAAUCUGUGUGAAGACUUUAUGACGAGCACUCUGUUGUGGCACCGUGUGUGCAGUCUCGCCUUGCCUUUUCUGCUGGCGUUCCUCCUAGAUCUCAGACCGUGCCCUCGCAGUGGCUGCAGAAACUGCAGCAUGCGCACUUCUCUCCCCUGCAGCUGACAUUCUGAAAGUCAUGCUCCACAAGUGUCAUCUUCCAGAAUUUACUUAUAUUUUUAAAAAACUUUCAGGAAAACAAAAAAAGCCAAAUUGUAGGCAUUGGGGUAUCUUCUUGAGAUAAAAGGCUGCCAAAGCCAACAUUACAAAGUCCACAGUCGUGUGUGCCUGAACAUUAAAGGAACCCCAGAUCAGGGCAGGGUACACUUUUCAGGCUCAAGUCCAGGGGAAGCGCACCGAUCAUUCCUGACGUGAUUGCAGGUAGCCCUUGGAGCAGGAGCAGGAAUCAUUUACUUGUUAACUGCUUAAAAAUCACUCAGCGAGAUUGUUCACACAGUAAGUCUGUCUUUGUUUUCCUCAAGAUCAUUAAAUCUGAAUCUUCUGAGCAAAACCCUGCUCUGGGGGGAAUUAUCACUGCCAGAGUUCCUCCGUUCUGUAGUGUUCUGUGUAACUGGAAUAGUUCACUUCUCACACCAGCAAGUAUUUUACAGGUGCCUUGGAUUAAAACAAAAUUUAUUUUAAAAUGUUAAUGUAAUUUUAUGAUGCCACUUUUAAAAGAAAUCUCAAUUAUGUAAUUGCUGAUAGAUUUGUGUAAUGCGCUGUUUCUGUUACAAUUAUUUGAAUGCUUUCUUUAGCGUAAAACUUCCCAUGAAGUCAUAGACAAUAGCAGUGUUUUGUCACGUAUUGAAGGCACAUCAGUGUUUUUCAGGACAUGGCCUGUGGACCAGCCAUUCACUUCCUGGAAUGCUUACGAGGAAUACAGAUUCCAAGGCUCCAUUCCAAUCUAGCCACAUCACUAAUCAUGUGGGGCUUCAGAGUGUCCACUCCACAGACACCACAGACAUAGCACACUGACAGCUGAGAACCACUAAAAUGAGGAGUAGGGAAAGGCGUAUGUGUGGUGGGUCUUUGUUGGCUCGAAGCUGAGCUACCCACGUUUUCGCUGUCAUUGAGAUCAGCAACUCUGCUGGUUCUUCUGUGUUUGCUACUGUUUGUUUUGUUAAAGCUCUUUGCUCAUCAGAAACUACAAACUAACCGCAGGUUGGUUGUUAGCUGACCUCUUGGCGCUUCAGUGAUGACUUUGAACCUUGUAGAAUCAUCUUUGGCUCAUGGCAAAGCAUAAGCGUGCUCAUCAGGAAGCCUGCUGGAGCUGUGGCCUUCUGAUUGUCUCCAGGUUUUAUCUCAGACAGCUGCACAUGUGAUAACUUGAGGACAAUGGAAAAGACUUGAAUCAGGGCUCGCUCACCUGCUGCUCUGCUGAGAAUCGGUCUCUAAAGAACUGAUUGGUCGCCGGGGUCUGAGGCCCUGGCAGUGUCCACGUGCUGGCUGGAGAAAGGUGAUGAACAAAUUAGUCAUUGGGAAUUUUGUAUUUGUAAGAUUUAGGGUGAGAUCAGCUCUUGCAACAUUUUUAAAUCUGUAUGUUGCCCGUUUUAAGAUAUUUCCUUUAUGAUGUUAAAGUUUAAAAGGGUCUUCUAUCCACUGUCAGUUUCAAUUAUAUAACAUUUUGUCAAGGUUUUUUUGUUGUUGUUUGUUUCUGUUUUGCUUUUCUGAUUGUUACUUGAUGCUAGCUGGAAUUCAGGAAAUGUCAAUGACCUUAUUCAAAUAAAAGAAAUAUUUUAGUAAA